AUGAACUUUGGAACACUGAGAACUGGAAAGUCCUUCAUCUUAAAUAAACUGGGCAGCUAUGGUUCAGCCGGUGCCAAUUCUUGGUUUGAGACAGGUCACACAACGACAGCUGUGACAAAAGGUAUAUGGGUAAUGUGUCGGCCACACCCUACACAGGAAGACCAAGUUCUUGUUUUACUAGAUACAGAAGGGAUUGAUGAUCCUGAUAAGGUCGAUAUUGAAGACGAUAAAAACCUUUUGUACUUGCCACGCUUUUAUCCAGCACAAUGUUUACAAUACAAGAGGGAACUUUGA